CUUCGUUGUAUACUAUGCAAGGUGAAAAUAAUGAAGAAACUUCUACUACUUGUACAUAUACCACGGUGCUUUCAUACGACAUGUUGAUAAAUAACAACACCGGUGCUAAAGAAAUUUUAGAAGACUCGCUUGCGAAAGUUAACCUUCCUUCUUCUGCGUUUUUUUUAAGUGAUGAAAUUAUUAGUUAUGGUCAAAAAAUGUGGAGUGAUGAACAUCUUGUUUUGAGUGUGGCAGUGGAUAUUAAUGUUUUUGUCGAUGAAUUACCUGUUCAACAGCAUAGUAGUGACGAUGAAGAUGAUUAUGAAGAAGAAUAUGACGAUGUAUACAUUGAUGACAUGGAUGAUAUGGAAAGUAUUCCUAUCAAUUUCGUGGCAGCAAGUAAGCAAUCGAUUGAGAGAUUGGAGAAAGAUCGUAUUAAGGAUGGUGAAGUAGUUUCAUGCUCGGUAUGUUUCGAGAAUAUUUUAGCUGGUUAUGAAGCUACCAAAUUACCUUGCAAACACAAGUAUCAUGAAGAAUGUAUAGUCAAAUGGCUACAAACAAGUAAAUUUUGUCCUUUGUGUCGAUUUGAAGUAGCUUAAAGGAAAUUAAUACAUGUAAUAGACAUAAUCAGUGACUAUAGUUUCAUAUUAAUGGUAUUAUUUUUAUAUUUGUGUGAUUACUUCAAAAUUGUAUUAAUAAUAUUUAUAAAUCAAUCAAGUAGUUUGUUUAUCUUAAAUUAUUUUUGUUUUUAGCAUACAAUUUAUGAUAAUUUCUAUUAGUCAACAAUGGCAUGGUUAUACUUAAAAUAUCAGUAAGAACAUUAUUUGUUCCAUGUACAGAAUUAAAAAAUAAUAAAGUGUAUUAAUGCAUCAAAGCAUAUAAAUAUCAUAAAUAAUAUAAUUAUAUCAUAAAUGAGAUGGUUUAAUUAUUUAGAAGACUCUCAAUAGUUUCUCUAUUCUAUCCUUUAUAAUACAUUAUUAAAAUUUAAUUUUUUUUAUUUUACCUCAA